GACAGAAGCUGAUGAACUGCAAUGGUCAAAUCAGGAUCUAUUGGCGUUCUGUUGACGACUCUCCUUUUUGGGAGUGGAAACUUCUUAAUGGAGAGAGGGUUUGUUGCAGGCCGUACAAAUGCCACUGCGCAGUGUUCUAUGCCUAAACCGUGUAGUGUGCACGGCUUCACUGACUGGUACAAAGUAGGCAGUGUCUGUGUCAAAUACUUCAACAGAGCUCUCAACUUCACUGAUGCCGAGUUCAGUUGUAGGACCAAAGCCCCUGGUGCACACCUGGUGUCGGUGCAUAAUAAAAAGCAUAAUGAUUACUUGCUCUGCAUUGUGAAAAAAUUCAACCCAAAAAACCUGCGCAUCUGGCUUGGAGCUUUUGAAUUCUUUAAGUCUGGUCAAAUUUUUUGGCUUGAUGGAUCCUACUGGGAUUUUCAAAUCUGGACACGUGGUGAACCCAACCAUAUGUACACUGGCACAGAGGAAUGUGUGGAGAUGAACUGGAAAGAGAUUGGCAAAUGGAAUGACCACUCUUGUCAUAUCAAGAAAAACUACAUAUGUGCCUUCAAACUAAAUGCCAUCUUGAAACCAGGCUCUGAGGAGAUGGAGUAGUUUUAUCUGGUAUAUAUCGUCCCAUAAAACUUUCUGAAUAAAAUGAUUUUCUCUGCAUCAACA